CAGAGAAUUAGGGAGUGCUACAAUAGUGUGUGGUUUUACUUUGCUUUUGUGUGUGUUUUUAUGUAUGUGUCAUAGAAAAAUGGUUAAGAAGCAUAAAGACACAAAUAGUGAUUUUGUUUUCUACUCAUUUGGUUGAAAACGGGGAUUAAUCAGAGCUCAGUGUGUUCACUCCGGAUCUGUUUUCUUUCUCCUCACCAUGAGUCCUGUUUAUUUGCUGUUUCUGGGUACAUUAUUUGCUGCAGGUCUCCUGUUAGCUGUGCUGAACAACGUGACCACUGAUACAACAUGUGGAGAAGGAUUUAUAACGAUGGAAAACGGUACAUGUGUAGACGAAGACGAGUGUAAAGAGGAAAUAGAAGUGUGUGGUAAUAAUGCAGUUUGCACCAACACUAUCGGUGGCUACUACUGUCAGUGUAAGACUGGAUACCAGAAUAAUAAAAGGAAACUUAACUUCACUGCAGGUGACGGGUCAGAAUGUAGAGACAUCAAUGAAUGUACAGAAAACAAAACCAUCUGUGAUCCUAAUGCUGAGUGCAAUAACACAGUUGGUUCAUAUUUCUGCGUGUGUGCUGAGGGUUUUGUGGCCAGCAACAAACAGGAGCGUUUUAAUGGGAGCCAAAAUGUUAAAUGCAACGAACUGGAGUGUGACAGACUUUACAAUGAAAGCCAGUCUGUACAGAUCCCUGAGAAGCUGAAGGAUAUGCUGAUAGAGCUGAAAAGCUCGUGUUUGCAAAAGGGAGUCAGUGGAGAGGAAAUGCUACAGAUUCUCCUCGGAGCAUUCGAAGAUUAUCUCUCAAACAUGUCAUUAAUGGACACAAAGAUCAUUACAGCUUUGUUCAAUUCGGUUGAAAACGCAUUGUUGCUGAUAGGACAGCUGGCUAACAGCAGCAUCUCCCAAUCAAAUCUUCAGAAUCGAGUCGAGCUUUUGAUCCACAGAAGCCCGAACGCCCCACAUGGUGGAUUAAGUAUGUCCACAGACAGCGUGCAAUUAAACAGCCACUGGGAAACGGCAGCAGGAAAUUCAUAUAAAGGAUAUGCAGCUGCCUCAAUGAUCACAUACGAGAGUCUGGACAACAACAACAGCGCAAUCAACAGCUAUUCCAGGAGGAAAAGUAUCUCUACAGAUCAGUUCAGGCUCAACUCGAAAGUAGUGACGAUAACAGUCACGAACCGAGACACGGCUCAUCUGAAGAAAUCGGUCAAGCUCACUUUCUCACAUCUGCAGGAAACAUCAAUGAAAUCAGUUUGUGUGUUCUGGGACUCGACGCUGAAAGGAGGUGCAUGGUCCAAUGAAGGCUGCACUGUGCACCAGUCCAACACCAAAUCCACUGUCUGCUUAUGCUCACAUCUCAGCAGCUUUGCUGUUUUAAUGGCACUCUAUGAGAUGGAGGAUGUUUUUGAGCUCAAGCUGAUCACUUGGAUUGGACUCUCGCUGUCUCUAAUCUGCUUCUUAAUCUGCAUACUAACCUUCUGGCUCAUCCGCUCCAUCCAAAGCACCCGCACCACUAUCCACCUGCACCUCUGCAUCAGCUUCUUCAUUGCCGACUUUAUCUUCCUCGUUGGAAUCAACCAAACCACAAACAAGGUGGGAUGCGGGGUGGUAGCAGGUCUGUUGCACUUCUUCUUCUUGUCUGUGUUUUGCUGGAUGUGUCUGGAGGGCGUGCAGCUUUUCCGCAUGGUGGUGCUGGUAUUCAACACCACUCUGAGUCGAGGAUACAUGAUGGCUGCCGGAUACGGAAUUCCUGCCCUUAUUGUUAUCAUAUCAGCCAGUGUCAAUUACAGAGGAUACGGCACACCGCGCUACUGCUGGCUCAGUCUGGAAAACGAUUUCAUGUGGAGCUUCUUCGGUCCUGUUUGCACCAUCAUUGUGGUCAAUGCAAUCUUCUUUAUUAUAACGGUAAUGAAGCUGGCGCAGAAAUUCAACUCCCUCAACCCUGACUUAAGCAACCUCAGAAAAAUCAAGACAUUUACGAUCACUGCCAUCGCUCAGCUGUGUGUGCUGGGGAUCAUGUGGAUAUUUGGCUGUUUUCAGUUCAAUGAAGAGAUGCUGGUCAUGUCUUACCUCUUCACAAUCCUCAACAGUUUUCAGGGGGUGCUGAUGUUCAUCAUGCACUGCCUGUUUUCAAAACAGGUGAGAGAUGAGUACAUCCGAUUCUUGACCUGUCUGACUAUGCAGAAGAGUUCUUACUCAGAGUUCAGCACAAACCAGUCCAGCAAAUCUCAGGUGUCCAAAAGCAUUCAGAACACAGGAGAGGCCCGGAUCUGAAGCGCACACAGCCGCGGGCCAUGCUUUUUUCCAAAUGCAAAGUGACCUUGUCUGCACCCUCACUGACUUUCCUAUGAUGAUCCUCACAUCCAACAUAAGCUCACCUGGUGGAUUAGCUGCUUAUUGAUUCUGUGUGUGUUGUGUGUGUGUGUGCAUGUGUGUUGUGUGUCAGCGAUGCUGCUGUUUCAUGACCUUGUACAUACAAAUCCAUGUUGAGUAUGGCGUUGAAUUAUACUGUAAUUUAUGUGAUGUUCAGUGGAAGUGGUAGCUCAUCAUUCAAGAACUUCCACCCAAUCAGAAUUUGACAAUAAAUCACAGGAAUGGAGCACUCAACCAUAGAUACCGUGAUGAAAAAAUUCAUCAGUAUGCCGAGUGUGCGUGCCGCAGGAAGGACCGACUGGGAACGGGGCGUAAAUUAGAACGAACCAAAUAAAGCUUGAUCUUAUAUGGUUGCUUCUCAACCACAUCUAUAGUGAGAUACACAAAGAAAAACAUCACCUCUCCUGAGAGAGAACAUCACCAAUAAACCUCAGGAGCAGUGACUGAUCAGCUUCAUUAUAAGACAUUAAUAUUAAUAUUAUUUAUUUGAUUUUUUUCCCAAUCUUUUAAAUUGGAAGGGUGGAUGCAGGCCAGUGAAAAACCCUUAUCGAAUGUAUUUAUAAGUGGCUUCAUGUCUUUUAAAUAUGAUGUACACAUUUUUUUAUUUGAAAUAAUUUUAUAAUAUAUAAUGCUGAGCUUUAAUUAUUUGAAAGUUUUUUUAAAUGUAUAUUUUUAUGCAGUGUUAUAAUGCUCAGAAAAGCAUUGUAAACAAAAAUCCUUUCUUUCUGUCAAAGAUUUAUUUUCUAUUGUCAUUCUCGUAUAUAAUGUAUUAUUUACAUUAUAUACGAGAAUGACAAUAGAAAUAUAUAAUAUUGUUGUAUUACAAAUCUUGUGUUAUGCUAGUUUUUUAUGGCAAAGUGGCAAAAUGUUGUAAACUAUAUAGACAAAAGAUUAUGGACACCUAAGGUUAAUAUUUGUAUGUGCUCUUUGAAUAUCCCAUUCCACAUUCAGUCCUGAUUUGCUGUUAUAAUAUGCUGUUAUAGCCUCUACUGUUCUGGGAAGAUGUUCCAUUUUGUGUGCUUGUGGAGAUUUGUAUGAGAUUCAUUCAGCCAC